UCUCUGUCAGAUUUCCAAUGCAUGUGGUUGUCGUAAUUUCCUUUCCUUAUCUUCUUUAAUGUUUUUAAAUUAAUUAAACGGUGUGGAGAUGCUGUGGAGGAAUAUGCUGGUGCGCAAAGGGAGUCUCCAUCCUUCUCCACACAGAGUGGAAACUGGAUUAUGUGGCCAGAGCUCCGGGGUUGUUCCCAGCACAAUGCAUCUUGGAAGUUAUGGUCUUGUAACGAUUCUCUACGUUAACUCUCAGUAAAGCUUCAUAGAUGAUAUUUCUCUGCGCGACUUCAUGGAUUUGGUUCUCUGAGGACCCUCUGAAGAACAAGACAUGGCAGUGUCAACUAUGGUGUUCUCUGACGUGGAAAGUUUUCUGGACUCGCAUCCCGAGUUAUUUGAGGACUACCUGAACAGAAAGGGGAAAUAUAGCAUGGUGGAGAAAUGGCUCAAGAAUCACAAGGCGUCUAAAAGUGCUGCACCUGCCGCCGAGCCGAGAGAGGAGAAGAGCCACGCGUGUAAGGACAGCUGGGCGAGCAAAUGUGAUGGUCUGCAGAGGAGAUCCUCGCAGAGGGAGCUGCGCAAAACUUUCGCCAGAUCAAAAGCCAUCAACGUGAACAGGACUUACGACGAACAUGUGAACACCAGGGCCCAGGAGCCCCUGACCAGCAUGAGGAGGAGAGCUCUGCUGAGGAAGGCGAGCUCUCUACCCCCGACCACUGCGCACAUCCUGAGCGCACUGCUGGAGUCCAGAGUCAACAUCCCCCAGUACCCGUCCACAGCCGUGGAUUUUAAAUAUUACCUCAAAGAACACAACGAGAGAGAGUUUUUCCUGGAGCUUGUAAAAGACAUAUCUAACGACUUGGAUCUAACGAGUCUCAGCUACAAAAUUCUUGUGUUUGUUUGUAUUAUGGUCGAUGCAGACCGGUGCUCCUUGUUUUUGGUGGAGGGAACAGGCAACAAGAAGACACUAGUGUCCAAAUUCUUUGACGUGCACGCGGGUACAACAGUGUUACCCUCAAUAAAUUCAGAUGAAGUUCAAGUGCCAUGGGGGAAAGGAAUCAUUGGAUAUGUGGCUGAACACGGAGAGACAGUGAACAUUUCUGACGCUUAUCAGGAUCGUCGGUUCAGUGAUGAAAUUGACAAGCUGACAGGGUAUAAAACCAGGUCACUGCUGUGCAUGCCCAUAUGCAACAGUGAUGGAGAGAUUAUUGGAGUUGCUCAGGCCAUCAACAAGACUUCAAUUGGAGAACUCUUCACUGAAGAUGAUGAAAAGGUGCUGCAGAUGUACCUGCCUUUCUGUGGAAUUGCGAUCACCAAUGCCCAACUUUUCGCCGCCUCAAGGAAGGAGUAUGACAGGAGUAGGGCCCUCUUGGAGGUAGUCAAUGACCUGUUUGAGGAGCAGACUGACCUGGAGAAGAUUGUCAGGAAGAUCAUGCAUCGUGCCCAGACAUUGCUAAAGUGCGAACGCUGCUCUGUUCAGUUGCUGGAGGACAUUGAGUCACCGGUGGUCAAGUUUACCAAGUCUUUUGAGCUACUGUCCCCCAAGUGUAGUGCAGAUACUGAAAUCAGUUUCAAAGACAGUAUCGAGAAAUCGUCUUACUCAGACUGGCUCAUCAACAACAGUAUUGCCGAACUGGUAGCGUCAACAGGACUCCCCGUGAACAUCAGUGAUGCCUAUCAAGACCCUCGCUUUGAUGCCGAGGCGGACCAGUUCUCAGACUUCCACAUUCGCUCCGUGCUUUGUGUUCCCAUAUGGAACAGUAACCACCAAAUCAUCGGUGUCGCCCAAGUGCUGAACAGACUUGAUGGGCAACCAUUUGAUGAUGCAGACCAGCGUCUCUUUGAAGCAUUUGUGAUCUUUUGCGGACUGGGCAUCAACAACACCAUCAUGUACGACCAGGUGAAGAAGUCCUGGGCCAAGCAGUCUGUGGCUUUGGAUGUUCUGUCUUACCAUGCCACUUGCUCCAAGACUGAAGUUGACAAAUUCAAGGCUGCAAACAUCCCCCUGGUUUGCGAGCUGGGCAUCGAUAAGCUCUACUUCGACGAUUUCUCCCUGGACGUUGAUGCCAUGAUAACGGCGGCUCUGAGGAUGUUUAUGGAGUUGGGAAUGGUGCAGAAAUUUAAGAUUGACUAUGAGACACUGUGCAGAUGGCUGCUGACUGUCAGAAAAAACUACAGAAUGGUUCUCUAUCACAACUGGAGACAUGCCUUCAACGUCUGCCAGUGCAUGUUUGCCAUGCUAACGACGGCAGGCUUCCAGGAGACUCUGACCGAGGUGGAGACCUUAGCGCUUAUUGUAGGUUGUGUGUGCCACGACUUGGACCACAGGGGCACCAACAACGCUUUUCAGGCCAAGACGGGCUCAGCCCUUGCUCUGCUUUAUGGGACCUCUGCUACGCUGGAACACCACCACUUCAACCACGCCGUUAUGAUCCUGCAGAGCGAGGGUCACAAUAUCUUCUCCAACCUCUCGUCUACAGAGUACAGCGACCUCAUGCAGCUGCUGAAACAGUCCAUUCUGGCCACCGACCUCACACUCUACUUUGAGAACAGAAACACCUUCUUUGAGCUGGUCAGCAAUGGGGAGUACAACUGGAACGUGAAGGCUCAUAGAGAUAUGUGCAGAUCCAUGAUGAUGACAGCUUGUGACCUUGGUGCCGUCACUAAACCUUGGGAAAUAUCACGCAAGGUUGCAGAGUUGGUGACCAGCGAGUUCUUUGAGCAGGGCGACCGAGAGAGAUCAGAGCUGAAGCUCACGCCCUCGGCCAUCUUUGAUCGAAACAGGAAGGAUGAGUUGCCAGGGCUUCAGCUGGAAUGGAUUGAUGGAAUUUGUGCACCGCUGUACGAGACUCUUGUCAAGCUGAAUCCCAAACUUCAGCCGAUGGUUGACAUGAUCAAAGUUAACAGGGCCAAUUGGGAGGAACUGAACAAGAAAAGACAACGCAGCCAGAGUGUGUCUUCACCCUCGAGCUCCUGCAGUGGAGACAGCACAGAAACGAGCGGCUGCACUGUGGCGCCCUGCUGCAGCGGAGAUGCUGACGGCACACCAUCUAAACCUGUUAGUUAGCUCCUGAUGCCAUCUCCAGCUGAUCUCUUUGGCUUUUACUCCCUGCAGCCUGCAACAGAGGCAGUGCAGUGCAUGCAGAGGUUCUUGGGCUCUGCUCCUCUUCGCUUUUGCUGCUAGAGAUGGGCUUUAGACUUGAGCGCGGCGCUAUCAAAGAGGUUUUUCUGCUCCCUUCAGUCUUCCUGUGCUGAAGGCUGACAGAGCUGUGUUUGGCGAGCUUGUUGAAGCAGCUACCAAUCAGCUGAUGACACCACGUCAGAAAAGGAAACUCAAACCACUGUGUCAACAUGUCAAGCAGUGAGCUAACACUAACUAUUCUGGGCAUUGCACAGAUUUCCAAAGCAUGGAAAUAUUGGAGAGUCAUGUUUGUCUCUGAUGUGGUUCGUUUUAUCUCAGUACCUCCUCGUUGCUCGCAUUUUGCCCGGGGUAACAGAGAUAUUUUUUGUAGAUCUGUAUAUAGGCUAUUACGUUAUUUACAAGUGCUGUUUAAGAACAUGUAAGCUCUGGAUUGUAAUGUGGCUGUAGAGUUGCUGAAGGAUAAAGGCGUGCAGGACCUGUGACAGUGCUUGCAAUGCAAAUUGAGUCUCCGCUCCCACCCUCCCUCCCUGUGCCUUGUUUUAAGAUCCUAAUGAAAAAUGCAUGGCCUCCUCACCAAGGUUGUUACAUAGUAUAGAAAUCCAUGUUGAACCAUGACAUGUUUUAUGCCAUAAUGUAUAAAAACCAAUGACUGCAAUUAUGUUUUGACCCCAUGUUAGCCACAAAGCAUCAACGGUAUACAUAUAGACAUCUAUUUUGCCCAGUUUUAUAAAUGAAGGGUCACACUUGUCACACACACAAACACACACAAUGUGCCUUUAUGAAGUUGUACUAAUAUCAAUUCAUUUUUGCAGAAACUGAUUUAAUAAUGACAACAGAGACAUUAAGUAUUUUAUUUUAAUAAGGGUUCUACAUUUUAAGAAACACACUAAAAUAAGAGGAUAGCACUAUGAUAAAUAAAGCUACAUUCAGUCGCGGUGAACUCGACUAGAAUGGCAUGGCUCCGUCCAAAGGUAAUUCAAUUUGCCAACCAGCAUCUAUAAAGCUUAAAAUGUUAUAUUUUGUGUGUUUAAUCAGAACAAAAACAAAAGCAUACUGUCAGACUCUUUGACAGAACAUGUAACUUUCUUCUGGUUGAUCAGCAAAAUGUUAGAGUCUAGAAAAGAGUCAGGAACAAAUUACAAAUCACAGUAAAUAAUCUUAAUAUAUCAUGUUGAUUUGUGAGCUUCAGACGUGCUGCUAGGUGGAUUUUGUAACCUCCAGACAAAGUCAGGCUAGAUCUUACUUCCUCUUUCCAGUCUUUAUUCUUCCUGCUAAGCUUUUUUCAAAGUGGUAUGCUCUUACCAAAGUUCCUGCAAAAUGUUUUUCCUAAAAUGUCAGAAUUUGCUUUAAUCGGAUUUCUGUCCUUUUUUCAAAGCUCACAAAUGCUGCUUAAACAGCUUUUAUAAUUUCCAAAAACAAAACUGAGACACUAAAACUGGUAGUAAGGAAGUGCCCAUGCAGUCUAUUAUUUUUGAUAUUAUUAUCAUUAUUAAUAUUAGUAUUAUUUUAGGGUUGUAUUUAUGCCUUAUUGAUUGUGUUGUAGCUUUGUUAAUUGGAGUUGUUUAAAAACGUGACUGUGCACAUUGUGUCGCAUGGAUCUAUGUGCUCUACUUUAUUUUCGUUAAAGAGCUGAAUUAGUUGACAUUGACUUUUAAAUUGCAUGUUUUAUGCAGUAUUAAAUUCAACCACUUGCUAAGUAUGUAGCAAACGUGAGCCAACAAAUACCUCGUCCUUUGAACUUCAUCAGUAAACACAUUAUCUCAUUGGAAAUGCAUGAUUUAAAUUCUAUUGCAUUAUGUUAUGUGAGUUAUGAAUAUUACCGUUCUAUUUUUCUAUAAGGUUUCCAAACUUCUAUUUCGUCUAUUUUGCAACGUACCGUGCUUCUUGUAUUUCUUCUUUCCUCUCCCAGUUUGGACGCUCAUUUUAUUUAUGGCGGGCUAGACUGAAAGAAAUCUAGGGCAUGAAAAGACAAAUGUGCAAUGUUUAUGUUCAGAGUUUAAAUAA